AUGGCGCCCGGCAGCCGGAGGCACAUCUACGCUGUCAAUGCCCAGAAUUACACCGGGCAGUUUGGUAAUUUUAUGACGCACCUUUUACAGUAUGGUAUCCCAAAAGAAUCCAUUCAAGAAGUCUUACAUAAUUUCUGCGAUGGCUAUUUAAAAGCACCAACUGCUGCUGAGUUCGAAACGGAAUACAAAAAGGAAAUAUGUGAUAUGAUCAAUAGGCUGAACGAAGAAGAUGAAGACUCGCAGACAGAGAAAGAUUUGCUUCUUGUUUGUAAACGUACGCUGCAACUUCUUGGUAAUGGAGAGUGUAUAGCCAUCACAGGGAUUGAUCCGAAUGGCAAAGCUUUCCCCCUGCCUGACGACUUCGGGUACUUCAGUCCAGAAUGCUUACGAGAAUGGUGUUGGAAUGAUUCGUACGAACCCUUUGAAACCUCGGAGGAGCCGUGGUAUGCUUAUGAAAAAACUGAGGAUCCUCUUCCCGAGCUUUUAGGCUCAACGGAAGUGUAUUGUAACUGGUUAAAUGACUGGGAACCUUUUGAUUUUGAAAUAGAAGGAGAAGCAGCAUGGGAGAUUCUUCCCACGAACGUUAUUCAAAAUGAUGAACUCACACCGGAGCAAAUUGAAAUUAUCAAAUUUCGUGAGCAGCGAUCAGAUUUGACGGAUCCAGUUCGUAUGGCUAACCGCCGAAAGAGGCUCGCAAAGUAUUUUAUGGAGAAAUAUAAUUGGGAUGAAUCUCACUUAAAGCCGUAUGAAGAGUGGGCAGAACGACUUGAAGAGAACGAAAAUAUGUUAGCUGAAUUAUCUCAGCUGUCAUGACGAUAACCA